AUGGAGCAACUGAAAAUGAAAACCGUAAUUAUGUUGGAUCGAAGCGCCAAAUUUAUAGAUGAUUCCAAUGAAACUUUCGAUAUAGCAAUCAGAGAGGGUCCGAAGCAGAAAAAGGUAGAGUUCAAAAAAGACAUUUGGACUUGGUGCAUGGAAGGAUUAUUUGAAAUGCAAAGAGUUCUGGCCGAUGUCUAUCCACUUGGAAAUAUUCCGAUUCGAUUUGCUGUUGCGGAUUAUAUGGGUAAAAUGCUGGAGACUGAAUGGAAGAAUAAGUUAUUGUCACGAGAAGAGCUUGGAAAAAUAGUGGUUGAAAUUGGUCGGCCAUCUGAAUCAAACACAGAUAUUACUCCAGUUGGUGGAUUGACUAUGGCAAUUGAAGCACUUGCAGUGGAAACUCCAGAACAGAAAGAGUACAAUUAUGAUAUUCGAUAUAAUCUCAACAAGAGGACGUCUCAAAACUCUGAAGUUGUUCGAGUUACUAAUGAACUGAAGAACACUCCGUUGUUUUCAACAGUAGAAAAUAAAGGCAACCUUAUUUUAUUUACAAGGUUAAAAACAGAAGACGAAAUGGAGGCAUUACAAAAGGAAGUUGCCAGUCUCGUUGUAUCACGAAAUUCAAUUGCAAAUGCUCCGUCGAACAAAACAUUCUGUCCGAUCACUGCACUUCGGGUGUUCAUCGUAAAUUAUUAUGCUGUUGGAGAAGAUUGCACUGUGAAAACUCACCCACUUCUAGAGCAUCCUGAACUUCCACUUCUGAAGUUUUGGGUAAUUUCAAGAAAAGUAACAGAUAUGUGUGUUGCUAUCCAUUCUCUUCUCGUUGCUUCCUUUGAUCUUGGUUCGACAACAGUCACUAAAAUACCAAUGAAAGAAGACAAUCGGGGAUCCACUAAUUAUGAUGUUGAACUGUUUCAUUCUGGCCAAGUGCAUACCUUGCUCAAGGAAAAAGAGCUCAUUGCUAUAGAGAGUAAAAAAGGGAGAGCAGAUGAAGGACCGACAUACGACUCAAUUAGACUAACCUGGACUACAGCGCCAAAAUCAAGGUGGUCUUUAUUUCCAUAUCAUGGUGCUGCAGUUCCUUGCACUACAGCUGUUGCUUAUUCUCGCCCUUCUGCUUGUUUGACUCAAUUUGUCCGUGAUGGAAGAUGUGUCAUGCUAGAUUCUGAGAAAACCUCAGAAUUCGGAAUGAACAUGCCGGAAAAAUUAGUUUCUCAUAUUCUGAUAGCGAAUCGUGGUCGAAUUUUCAUUCAGGAAAUCGAUUUCAUGCAGAAGAAGUUUGACAAGAGCCGAGUGGUUCGACAAGUCAAGUUUCCAAAAGCCACGUACGGCCCUAAAGAUCCGAUUAAUCUCAAUCAGUUGAAACACACUUACAAACAGAUGGAGCUGAAACUGGUUGCCAAAAACAGAAUGAACGAAGACAUGACGGAAAAACGAGAAAAGAAGUGGAAAGCGCUCAAGAACUCAAAUAUUGAGAAACGUUUUUCACGAAUCUCGAAAAAUAUCCCAGCAUAUGCGGACGAUACUUUCAUUUUUCAACCAAAUGUUACAAACAAGCUGGAACCUCUAAUUACAAUGAUAACGAAGAAGAAAUUGACGCCUGCUGAUGUCGAACAAUGCAAAGCGAAAAUUAUGAAAAUUCAUCAAAUGAGAGCUUUAAAAGAAUUCAUUGUCCCAGAAGAGGAGGAUAUCGAAUUAUGCCCAGUCGAAGAUUUAUCGGAUCCAGAGGAACAAAUUAGAGUAGCAAUUGUAGAACUGGCAAAACAUUUGGUGAAAUAUGUCACUUACUCCGAUCGUCACAGUCAGAUUUACAAGACAUUCAUGACUACUCUGGGUGCUGAUAAACUGCUGAAGGUAGAUGCUGAAGAUUAUGAAGCAGUGGACAACAUGUUCCCAAAAUCACCAUUUUUCGACGGAGAAGAGAGCGAGGAUUCCGACUCUUCUGAUUCUUCAGACUUUUCUGAAAAUUCAGAUUCAGAAGAAGCGGAGGAAUCAGACGAAAGUGAAGAUUCCGAGAAUACAUUGACAACGUUUUUGAAUAACUCGCUUGACAGACAUCGACUGCCCUCUCAAAAAAGAAAAAUAUCCAAAGUGGAAGUAGUGAAAGAAAAACCGAUUCAAUUGGCUAAAGAUAUCGAGAUUAACAUUUUUGCGAAAAUGUGCGAUAUGCUUGAGAAGAAAGAAUCUCAGAUCAGAAGAGAAUUUGUUGGAAGAGAAGCACACGGAAACAAAGCCCCUCUAUAUUUACAACUGAUGGAGAAAUUAGAAAAGCCUGCGAGUCCUUCUACAUCAGGAGACCGAUCAGAGAGAACAGAACGAACAGAUCGUCCAGAUAGAAUUGAACGGACAGAAAGAGUUGAAAGAAUAGAACGGCUUCGGAAUCUUGAACGAGGGGGCUCUGGUACUCCUCCACCAAUACGAAGACCAUAUAACUGA